UUGUUUACUCAAGCUCUCACCCAGGAGGCUCGAAGGGACCACAGCGCUUCCUUUUUGAACCUGAAACCUCGACUGGUGUCUCCUCUCUCGCCAUUUCCUCCAUACUGUUUGUCUUUCAUCCAGUUGGGGGCCUCGGCAGAAACCCCCCACCCCAACUUUUCCGCUCGCAAGAGGCUGUAUAAAAGCCUGAAUGCAAGUUUUCCUAUAUUUAGGCCAUGCGUCUCUAAGAGCAGAAGACAUAACGGACGCAGACAUCUUAGUUCUGUCUUAUUAAGCUGUACAAAAUGAAGAAACAGAGCUAAAGAUGGGAUCAGUAGCGUCAUACUGUGGCCAACUGUGUGGGAAGCAGCAAAAGACUGAGGAGCAGAGACUCUUGCGAGCCAAUGACAGACCUUUCAACCUAUCCUACCACUAUGCAAAUAACGCCAUCAAGACGUCCAAAUACAACAUCUUCACCUUCCUGCCGCUUAACCUCUUUGAGCAGUUCAGGAGGCUCGCCAACGGCUACUUCCUCUUCCUGUUUAUACUUCAGCUCAUCCCACAAAUCUCCUCGCUCUCCUGGUUCACCACGGCCGUCCCCCUUGUUUUGGUACUUUCCAUAACAGCGGUCAAAGAUGCCACUGAUGACAUCAACAGACACAAAAGUGACAAACAAGUGAAUAACCGCAAAGUGAGCGUCCUCAUUGACGGAGAACUUCAAAGUGAAAAAUGGAUGAAUGUCCAAGUUGGAGAUGUCAUUAAGCUGGAAAACAACCAGUUUGUCACAGCGGACCUCCUUUUGCUGUCUAGCAGUGAGCCUCUCAAUCUGGUCUAUGUUGAAACAGCAGAAUUAGACGGGGAAACCAAUCUGAAAGUGAAACAGGCUCUGACUGUCACCGGAGAGCUGGGAGACAGCAUUGAAGCACAAGCCAGCUUCAAUGGUGAAGUGAGAUGUGAACCUCCAAACAACCGCUUGGACAAAUUUAAAGGGACGCUGACAGUGGAAGGGCACAUGCACUCUUUGGACAACGACAAAGUGCUCCUCCGAGGAUGCACUCUGAGAAACACAGAGUGGUGCUUUGGACUGGUUAUUUUUGGAGGUCCAGACACGAAGCUGAUGCAAAACAGCGGGAAGACGACCUUCAAACGGACCAGCAUCGAUCACCUCAUGAAUGUCUUGGUGCUUUGUAUUUUUGGCUUCCUGGCAUUCAUGUGCUCCAUUCUGACCAUUGGAAACGCAAUCUGGGAAACAAUGGAGGGGUCAGUGUUUACCGUGUUCCUCCCCCGAGAACCCAGUGUUGAUGCUCCUCUCUCAUCAUUCCUCACCUUUUGGUCCUACGUCAUCGUCCUCAACACAGUGGUGCCCAUAUCUCUCUAUGUCAGCGUGGAGAUCAUCCGUCUUGGGAAUAGUUUCUACAUCGACUGGGACAGGAAGAUGUAUUACCCCAAGUGUGACACUCCCGCUCAGGCGAGGACCACCACUCUGAACGAGGAGCUGGGUCAGAUCAAAUACAUCUUCAGUGACAAGACCGGCACUCUGACGCAGAACAUCAUGACCUUCAAUAAGUGCUCCAUCAACGGCAAAAAUUACGGUGAACUGUUUGACUUUUCAGGACAGAGGAUGGAAAUAACAGAGAAGACACCAAAGGUCGACUUCUCCUGGAACCAGCUGGCUGACCCAAAGUUUGUUUUUCAUGACCACAGUCUGGUAGAAACGAUCAAGGAGGGCAACAUGGAGGCUCAGGCCUUCUUCCGUUUGCUAGCAUUGUGCCACACCGUGAUGCCUGAAGAAAAGAAAGAAGGGGAGCUGUACUAUCAGGCUCAGUCUCCUGAUGAAGGUGCUCUAGUCACCGCCGCAAGAAACUUUGGAUUCGUGUUCUGCUCACGCACACCAGAGACCAUCACGGUCAUAGAGAUGGGCACAAGGGUCACCUAUGACCUUUUGGCGGUGCUGGACUUCAAUAAUGUACGCAAGAGGAUGUCAGUCAUAGUACGUAACCCCGAGGGAACGCUGACUCUGUACUGCAAAGGAGCAGACACCAUCAUCUACGAGAGGCUGCAUUCCUCCUGUAGCAAGCUGAUGGCCACCACCACAGGACAUCUAAAUGAGUAUGCAGGCGAUGGCCUCCGCACGCUGGCUCUAGCCUACAAGGAUUUGGAUGAACACUACGUGAAGGAGUGGAUGCGGCGCAACCAUGAGGCCAGUACCGCCAUUGAUGGAAGAGAGGAGAAACUGGAUCAACUCUAUGAAGAGAUUGAAAAAGACUUGUUGCUUCUGGGAGCAACAGCUGUAGAAGACAAGUUGCAAGAUGGUGUCCCACAGACCAUAGAGCAGCUGGCCAAAGCGGACAUCAAAAUUUGGGUAUUGACCGGAGAUAAACAAGAGACGGCGGAGAAUAUCGGCUAUUCCUGCAACAUGCUGAGAGAAGAGAUGAACGAUGUGUUCGUGGUAUCAGCAAGUACAGCAGAAGGAGUCAAACAGGAGCUGCAGAGUGCAAGAAAGAAAAUGUGUCCCACAGCUGCAGAGGAACCAACUGUAACCAAAGCUCGUGCAGGCCUCUUUUGGCUUCAGAAGACAGAAACUGUGCAUGAUGACAAAGUGGAGGGAGAAUAUGCUCUUGUUAUAAAUGGACACAGUCUGGCCUUUGCCUUGGAGAAAGGCUUGGAGUUGGAACUAUUGAGGACAGCAUGCAUGUGCCAAACAGUGAUUUGCUGCAGGGUCACCCCACUACAGAAAGCCCAAGUUGUUGAACUGGUGAAGAAAUACAAGCAGGCAGUCACUUUGGCCAUCGGGGAUGGGGCCAACGACGUCAGCAUGAUCAAGGCUGCACAUAUCGGUGUUGGUAUCAGCGGUCAGGAGGGCAUGCAGGCUGUUCUGUCCAGCGAUUACUCCUUUGCCCAGUUCCGCUACCUGCAGCGCCUCCUGCUGGUGCACGGGCGCUGGUCCUAUCUGCGCAUGUGCAAGUUUCUACAGUAUUUCUUUUACAAGAACUUUACCUUCACCUUUGUGCAUUUCUGGUACGCCUUCUUCUGCGGGUUCUCAGCACAGACUGUGUAUGACGAGUGGUUCAUCACCAUGUACAACCUAGUUUACACAGCUCUCCCAGUCCUGGGCAUGAGCCUUUUUGACCAGGAUGUGAAUGACCGCUGGAGUUCCCAGUAUCCUCAGCUUUACUCGCCGGGGCCUCUAAACGUUUACUUUAAUAAGAAGUCCUUCAUCCGCUGCAUGAUCCACAGCUGCUACAGCUCCCUCAUCCUCUUCUUCAUUCCGUGGGCCACCAUGCACGACACGGUGCGAGAUGACGGCAAAGACAUAGCAGAUUAUCAGUCUUUCGCGUUACUGGCGCAAACGUGUCUGCUUGUUGCGGUCAACAUCCAAUUGUGUCUAGACACCUAUUAUUGGACAGCAGUGAACCAGUUCUUUGUGUGGGGAAGCCUGGCCGUCUACUUUGCCACCACGUUCACCAUGCACAGCAACGGCAUGUUCCUCAUCUUCACCUCCAUAUUCCCCUUCAUCGGUACGGCAAGGAACUCUUUGAACCAGCCUAACGUGUGGUUGACUAUAUUCUUGACAACCCUCCUUUGCAGUCUGCCGGUGAUAGCUUUCCGUUUCAUUAUCAUCCAGCUGAGACCCACCAUCAAUGACAAGGUGAGACAUAAGUUGCGUAAGGAGGCCCUGCCCGCUCCCGCUCCUCGCCGUCCACCGACUAGGCGAAUCAGCACCCGGAGGUCGGGCUACGCCUUCUCUCACACCCAGGGCUACGGAGAUCUGGUGACAUCUCGAAGGUUCCUGCUGAAACGUCCUCUGAAAAGUCGGACCACCUUGUUUAAACAAAGCGAGUCUCCUCUGGUGCAGAACCGACCACAGCAUUACCGCACCAUCACAGAGGAUCCACAGCAGCCCCGCAUCCACUAGUUCAAUCAAAGGUACCGACUUGUUUUGUUUACUUAAAGCUGCUCUAUAUAAAGACUGUCAAAUAGAAAUACACCUUCAGGGAUUUGGAAUCUGCUGAAGGCUCAUUGAGACCUUCCAAAUGUACCAUACUGUACAUUGCAGUUCAAUUAUUGUCAUCCAUGCUGUGAUUUGCUGUUUGUAGCUAGACUGUCUGUGCUAAAAAUACAACUUUGUACCUUGUUAAUUAAAAUGUAAUUCUUUCCCCAUGACAUUGCCCUUGCUGAGGGUGAUCUUACUGUUCUUUCUCCUGUUUUCAAUUUGUUGUUUACAUUUUUUUGACAAAAUUAUUUAAAAUACACUGGUGUGUUGUUCUUCUACA